AUGGAUCGCAAAGGCAAAGGCAAAAGCAAAGCUGGCUACAAACCCCUACCAACCGAUGGGCCGGUCUCAUCUGAGCCAGAUAUGGAGCUGACAACAUUGACGGGUCCUCCUCCUGCCCAAGGUACCGCCCGCUUUCCAACACGGUAUCUGAUGGACGAUUAUCGACUAGACGACGAGCGCAAAAACGAACGCGAAGAGGAUCAACACGGUGUACCGUAUCAUGAAAAGCAGUGGCCGAUGCAUAGGCGUGUAUGGAGAAAGCGCUGGUGCGAAUGGAGGGUCAUGUUGCUGGUUUUCCUCGCCACACUCGUAUUUGGUACAAUGGUGUGGGCUAUCAGUGCUGCACCUGGACCCCGCGGACCCGACUCACCGACAGGUGACACGGUCAUCGCUUUCGGCUCCGACCUGGGCUGCACCGCUCCCCAUUUCUUCAAUGACCCGCGCAAUGCCAACCUCACCAUUGGCAACACCACGUGGAUCCACAUCGGCAUCCCUCCAUCUGGGGAGUUUACACUCACCACACUAGGGUGGAUCGCCACAGGCACUAUUAGCAUCACGUGGGAUCGUUCGCUCCCCUCCGACCUCGCAAGUCUGGGGAUAAGCCUCGCCAGCCAAGACCCAGGCUUCUUCGACUGGACAAUCCAGUACGGCUCUGAAUUCCCGGGGCUGUACCUCGAAGUGUACGACGAAGCGAACGACAUGCGCAAUUGUGUGGUGUAUAACCUCACACUUGGCCUGCCGUGGGAAAUCAGCACUCUCACGCUCGAUCUGCGUUCCCGUGCACAGGUGCGGGUCACCCCUCCCGCAAACGUAGGGGUCGACGAUGGGAGCGCGGCCCUUCCCGCACACACCCUAGAAGAACUCCAUGCACAGUUCUCGAGCAACCGAACGGGCAGCUUGCUGCUGUUGAGCGAAGGACUGAGAACGGAACGAGCGAGCAUCGACAUGGCAAUCGGGGAGAUUACCGGGAGCUGGCCGAAACCGAAGGCAUUGAAUCUCAGUUUGGGGGAGGGGGUGACGAUAGGCGCAGGGUUUGAGCUGUUCCCGUUUGAUGGAUGA